AAGUGUGCUGAGCUGUGUUGAAUAUGAGCCACUCGCACUCUUUGAAAUUUGUCUGCGUCCAAUUUAUGCAUUUACCGGCCAUUCCCGCCUCCGGCUUACACUCUCUCUCUCAAAACAACUCACCUGAACAAUAAAACAGGUUUGUGAGAAAUGGCUUCUAUUAUUGCAAAUAUUUCUCUUCCUCUUGUCAUUAAUGGUGCAAAACCCUCUUUGAUUCCCACUUCAAACUUCCCAGUUUGUGUGUUCCCAGUCUCAGAAAGACGAGGUCGUCUAGCGGUUGUUGUGAGAGCAACAGGAGACAGCUCUGAUUCUUCGGGAUCUCUGAGUGUUGUCGAAUCUGUUCAGAAUCUUUGGGAUAACGGUGAAGAUCGAAUUGCUGUUAUUGGUUUGGGCUUGACAGCUGUCAUUGCAUUCUGGGCAUCACUAAAUUUGGUUGCGGCAAUCGACAAGCUUCCUGUAAUUCCAGGUUUCUUAGAAUUCGUUGGGAUAUUAUUCUCUUCGUGGUUUGUUUAUCGGUAUCUCUUGUUCAAGCCUGACAGACAGGAGCUGUUUAGGAACAUGAACAAGUCGAUAUCAAAUAUCUUAGGCCAGUGAGAUAUGCUGGUCUUAGCUCUUGCUUUUCCCUGGGACUCGAAUACCGGACAAGAUUGCACCCUUUGAUGUAUAGUAAUAUUAAUGAUGUAGGGGCAAACACAAUGUCUUGGUAUAAUACUAUAGUAUUUGUGAGUUGUGGCCUAGCUUAAGGUAUGUACUUGCUCUGUAAUCUGUAUUUGCAUCCAACUUUCAUGGAGCUGAAAAGUGUAAGUUGAGUAGAAAAAAAUAGUUGUUCCUAAACUAAGUUGAGCAAUGAAGUUUUAAAAUUGAUGAACA